GUUCAUGCAGGUGAAGUUCGGUUGUGCUCGGACUCAAAAGUACAGCAAGAAGAGAAAGCAACAGCCCAGCUUGUGUCCGGCUUAUUUUGUGUUGCAAUAUAAGGAGGACAUAGAUCAGCUUGUGAUCAGCGAACUGAACAGCAACCAUGUCCAUGCGGACCUGGUGUUGUCCCUGACCAGAGCCACUGCUGUGAUGGCAAGCACUGCACCACAUGCCAGCCCCGCAACAAAGCUGCAUGAGCAGCAGGAGGCGGGUGGGACCAAAAGCAGCACUGUGGCGGCUGAGGACUCGCACGCAGUCACAGGACAACCAGUGGAUGGGAUGCUUGCUCCGCACAGGGCUCCCGUGCUCCCUGAGGCAGCAAAGGAAAGUGCCUCGGCCUCAGCGCUUGUCAGGGUUGCUGAGGUCAUGAAAACCUUCCUGAGGGUGGACAGGGGCUCGCUGGCCUCAAUUAGCGCAGACAGUGACUAUGGCCUGGAGAGAAUCAGCUUCCAGACCAGCAAGAUGAAGAGCUCGUUUAUGCAGUUCCCUGAGACCCUCCUGCUGCACAAGGCGCCGAGCGAGGGGGGUCACGUUCUCUAUGCUUUCCUUGUAGAGAGUAAGGAGCGAGUGGGGAAAGUGGUGCAUUUGUCACUGCUGAAGGAUGACACAGGACACAGCAUCAGGAAAAUGCUGACUGUCUUCAAGGAGUUCAACCCCGAGUGGCAUAAGGUCCAGGCUGUUUUUGUGGACAUGUCCUUCUUUCACAAAGCCCUCCUCCACGAGCCCUUUCCCUCUGCCCAGGUCCUCCUUUCUGUCUAUCACACUGUCCGACUGCUUGAGAAGAAUGUGAAGGAAGCAGAAAUCUCCUCUUCCUUCAAGCAGAACUUGACACUGGCCUUGCAGAAGGCCGUGUUUUCCCCUUCAGCUGCAAGUCUGGAUGCCCUGUCCCAGCUGGUGAAGCACGUGGUCAGCCCAGAGCUGUAUGACUACCUGCGAGCCAACUGGUUCUCCUGCGAGCUGCUGUGGUGCAUGCAUGCAGAGAAAGGUCUCCACUGCUGCAGCAUGCACAUGGACAGCCUGGACCUCAUCACACACCAAAUAGCCAGUCUCUUUGGCCAGCAGCUGUCCUUGGAGGCGAGCAUUCCUUGUUUUCUGGAGUGUGCAGACUGCCUAGAUUCCAGAGGCUUGGAAAGCCUGAACCAGGGUUUCUCGAGCACCAAGAAGGAUGGUCAGAGCAGCCUCUGGGAGAAGCCCAAUGUGCACAUGGGUGCUGCAGCAGAACCAGGCCUCAUUUCUGCCUCUCCAACUCUUGCCGAGCACCCCAAGCCUGCUGGGUGGGCUGCCACGGCAGGGAUGGGCUGCAUGCUGGCCAUGCUCCGGGAGAGCUGUACGGACCUGGGCUACUGGCUGUGCCUGAAGGAGAGCCUGGCCUCCCCCCCCCGCCGCUACCGGCUGCCCUGCAGGCAUGUCCUUGCGGUGCUGCAGGCACACCAUGGGUGUGUGGAGGAAGGCAUGGUGUGCAGGCGCUGGCAGAGGAGGUACCAGCAGCUCCCAGUGCCUGGGGCCAGCCUCCCGCACUGCGGCGGGGGCUCAGUGGGUGGCAGGCUGGAGGGCCGGGCAGAGAAAGUCCGAUCCCUCAGCCUAGAGCUGGCCAACCUGCUGAUGCAGUGCGAGGGGGAAGAGCUGGAGGAGCGCAGCUCCGCGCUGGCAGCGAUCCUGGCUGUCUGGGCUCGGUCACCAGGGCCGGGGUAG